AUGACUUCCAAUUUCAAGUGUAUCAAAGAACGAACCGUCAACCUAGCAAGUGACGCCGACACCGAAGUGCCCUCCGAAACCAUGGCCCCGGCCGAAACCCGCAAUUCAAUUCCCGAUUGUGUCGUGGGAGGCAAGAUCCGAGAGGCAAGCUUUCAUGCCCCCGGUCAGAUACCAGUCCAGGGCCGGGUGAGUAAGAGCUGGAAUGAGCUCGACAGCAGCUUCAGCUACUACGGCAAUUGCAACAAGCUGCAGAGCCUCUGGAGCUUUCUCCAUCUCGUUGUCACCAACCCGGAAACUGCACAGUGCGUGAGACAGUUGACUCUAGUCAAUCGGGACCGCUACAAAUCGUUCAGGCCUGAAGAGGCCACUGACCUGGACGCAAUGAUCCAGGACUGUAAAGGGAUAUUGUCUGCCCAGCGCCUAUUGAAUGGUGUUGGUGUCAUCAAGAAAUUCGGCUGGGCUUACGAUUCGACCGAGCGAAUCUAUUGCCAGUGGCUCUACCGCCGUUACCAGAACGAAAUCCCCCUUGACGAUGUCAUGGCCAAAGCCGGGUUCGACCGUGGUCUGAGGGCUCGCGCAAAGCAAGUGCUGAGCGACGGUAACCUGGCGGCAGGCUACAUGAGCCCGCUUGUUGCUCUGAUCAUAGCCUACUGCCCGAACGUUCACGAGCUGACCCUCGAGCUUUUACCCUCAGCGAGAGAUCCCUGGUUUGACUUGAUUAUGGCCAGUGCCACCGGGAAAAGCUUCAACUGUCGCGGCGACCGUCCAUUGCAGAAGCUGAAAAGCCUCUCCAUAGUCGGAUCGAAUGACGACGAACCAAGCCGGGCUGCGAGUGACGACCGGCCAUUUCACCUUCUUCCUUUACUCGAAGAGUUUACUGUCGUUUCCCCCAAGACGGACCUGGCCCAUGGAUCACCGAACAGAGAAGCCUGA